GUCUCCCCAGAUGGAGACGCUGGGGCAGUACCAGAAGAUUGUAUUACUGACACCAUGUGUUAUUAGCCUGGCCAGGGAAACAGCCCCAAGGCAGCUUCAUCGUCCAAACAGACUUCUCCAAAUGGCACUCACGCUCUCCAAAAGGAUCUGUGAGACCAAAGAGUGCCUGGCAGCCGUGGCAGGCUCUUGGUAUAGUCUGUCUCAGCAAGUAUUUGGCUUUAUCUUGUCUGCUGACUUUCUGAGAGGCAAACAGGCUUUGGACGAGACUAUGAUGGGUUUAGCAGGAGCAGUUCAGUUAGCAGGAGACAUUGCAAGCAUAGCCUGCAGUAAGGAAAAUCCCAUUUUCCCCAAUGUCUGGGAGAGCUUUCAACAGGUCCAAGCCAAGUUUUCACGUGCUCAGAUGAACACCAAAGCGUUACUUGAGAAAGCAGCAUCCUUCAACGGCUCCUGCAGGGUGGGAAAGGCCAGCCUGGAGCUGCACUGUGUCCAGUGGGCCAUCAGCAUGCAUGUCCUGCUGGGCGCUGUGGAUCGGUUCAUAGGCAGGGACGUCCUGUUCCUGCGGGAGCUGAGGAGUGCCGUGAAGAACAAGCUUUGCUCGUGGAGUCUCUUGGCUGCUGUGUCCGAGAACUCCCUGAGGCUGCAGGAGGCCGCCCGGCUCUCUUACUUGUCCUGCCCUGAAGACCACGGUGGCAGUGAAAUCCUAGCGCUCAGGGAGGAGAUAAAGGUGCUAAUGGAAGCGCUGCUGGAUGCCUCCAAUACCCUCUUGGUCUCCCCACUGUCUACUGCCAGCUUGUACAUUCGCUUUGAGCUCCUGCAGAGAGACUUGGCCCUUAGGGCCAAGGCAUUGUUGCUCCACCUGGAGAAGGUCAAUACCAAACACCUGCAGGUCAUCCGAGAUGUCGUUGGACCAGCCCUGUCCCCCCUCUCUCAAGAGGAGAGGGAGAGAAGCAAACAGGCCUUUGAAGAGAAGGCAAGUCGUCUAAUGGCUAAUGUUCAGUGGGUGAAAACCACCCUCCAAGACGUUCUGGAGGCCAACACGCAACUGCAGUCACAGGCAAACCUGCUCUCCAUUGCAGACCACCUCCUGAUCCUCACGUCUGACGCAGUGGGCAGCGCCAGCCAGCUGUUCCAGAGCCACCGGGACAAAGGGCAUCUCCGCCUAGACAGUAUUGUCUGGUACUGGUCAGCAAAGGCACACUACCUUGUCACACAGCUGCGGGCCAUCCAGGGCAUCAGUGGACAUACUCUGCAGCUCAUCAGUCAACGCCUGCAGAACGCGGGGGACCAGUGCUCUCCAAGACAAUGCAACAGCACAGCCAAACUCUUCCCAGCCCAAGAGGUUGAUGCUCUGAGCCACACCAAGUCAGCAGAAACUUGCCCAAGCAGGAGCGGACAAGGAAGUGGAGCUGCCAGGGAGGCACGUGAAAUGUUCUUGUCUCAACAGCACCAGAACGGUCCUCCCAGCAUCUCCUUUGCCAGCAGCCCUGCGAAGCACGAGAGAGAAGACAGUGACCCAUGGCAGGGUGGCCCAAGUAAGAUGUCCCAGGUCACCAAAGACAUGGCAACAAGGAUGCUUCACAUGACUCAGUUCCUGAGGAAGAAGGGCCCCAUCGUGAGCAAGGACCAGCUUGUCGCCUGCGUGAGGCAAAUUGCUUCUGAUGGGCAGGUGUUCGUUAAAUUUGGCCGCAUUGUUGCGAAGCACUGCCUGGACAAGAGAUGCUCCGCAGAGCUGCUGUGUGCCGCAGAGCAGACCCACACCAUCAGCAGCCAGCUCAGCAUCGUGGCUAGGGUAAAAGCAGUCACUGCAGAGAGCAAGUCCUCUUCUGAGCUGCUGGUGAGCAACGCGCAGAACCUAAUUCAAGCAGUUUUGCAUGUUCUGAAGGCAGCCGAGGCAGCAUGUAUCAAAGGUUUGCGACAGCCCCCGCCUCACUCUGAAGAAGAAGAAGUAGCUGCUUUUUGCAUGCAGUGGAGAAAAAACCUGUUGUGUCAUAGAGCCAAGGAGUCUUUAAACUCAGACAGGGAUGAAUUAGGGCUUCGCAAGACUCAGGCAAGGGCUGAACCCACCCUGAUGGCUAUGGUGCAAGAACAAUCACCUCAGACCAAGAAUAUGCCCAAGUGUCCAAAACUUAUUAAAGGACAUACAAUUACAGACAGCCACCUGUAAAAACAGGAAGGGACUUCUGCUGGAGGGACCUGCAUCACUAACUGGCCUCGGCAGAAAGAACGUAGCCCGUGCUGCACUCCUUCCGGCUCACAUCUCUUUUGCUAGAGCUGCUCUUGCAGGAGGACUGAAAGUGCAAGGCCUGAAAAGGCUUUUGUGUGCUAGGCGUUCCUCCUGUGGCAAAUUCCACCCUGCAGAGUCGCUGCUUCCUUUUGGCAACUGAACAAAGAGAAGAAUAAGAUGAUGCCACACGCUAGUGUAUUUCCUAAGCGGCCUCUCCUCCAGAUGGUGUUUGAAGUUGAGUAAUAAGAUGUGAUACCAAGCCACAGAGGACACAGGAGUUGGGGAAGAGCUUUAAGAUCCCAUGAAAGAGAAAACAGAGGGUUUCCUGUUCAGUAAAAUAACCAUUCACUGACCUUAGUUACCUGGCGCCCGAGUAAUUUUCAGCCUGAAACCAUUACUCUUGAAUCCACAGCCACCAAGUGGAGCUACAGUUCUUUACAUUCAUAUACUGCAUGCCCCCGUCCAGCUGCUAGCCAGCUCUGGCUCUUACAUAGUAAGGCAGGCUUUUUCUUUUCUUUGGCAAACAUUGAUAUAGAGAAGACAGCAUUUGAUGAGGUACCUUCAUUGUAUUACUUUCAGUAACUUCCAGUUCUUCUGUGUUCUUCAGCGCCCAAGAUGUGAACAGAAGGAUGUAGGAACGCACGCAAGUGCACACAACGCACAGCAGCACCAGCAAAUCUGGCUGGA